AUUCAGCCCAUGUUCAUGCUUCGGAUAUAAGCUGAAAUUAGAUUAAAUCACAAGCUUAAAUAAACUCCUUUAAAAAUGAAAAACACAAAUCAGUUUCACAAGUAUGUCUGCUUGGGGAAUUCUAUAUAUAGCACCAGCAGAAGGUGAAUUCAGGCAUCAACCGGGCUUGUUCCUUUUCUCCUUUCGUCUAUCAUUAAUUAAAGACAAGUAUGAAGAUCUUAUUUAUCAGUCUUCUCGCCUUCAUUUUAGUUAUCAUACAAGCAAAUGCAGCAACAGAAAAUUUCUGGUGCAGCAACCCAGGAACCCGAUGUUAUGGCAAGUAUGUGAGGUGCCCUGAUGAAUGCCCCAGCACUUCCUCACAAAACCCCAAGGCUAAAGUUUGCUAUGUCAACUGUAACAAUCCACAUUGCAAGCCCGAGUGCAAACGUCGCAAACCAGAUUGUAACACCCCAGGAUCGUCAUGCUAUGACCCCCGUUUUAUUGGUGGUGAUGGUGUUGUUUUCUAUUUCCAUGGCAAGAGCAAUGAGAAUUUCAACUUGGUAUCAGAUUCCAAUCUCCAUAUUAAUGGACGCUUCAUUGGCCAUAGGCCAGCAGGCAGAACCCGGGACUUCACUUGGAUUCAAGCCCUGGGCAUCUUGUUCAACUCUUACACCUUCUCCCUUGAGGCCACAAAAGCAGCAACUUGGGAUGGGGAAGAUGACCAUCUAAAAUUCACCUACAAUGGGCAAGAUUUAGUCAUUCCUGAAGGCUCCCUCUCCAUCUGGUACUCCCCACAGAAAGAUGUCAAAGUAGAGAGAGUAUCAAGCAAGAACAGUGUCAUAGUCACCUUGAAAGAUACUGCAGAGAUUUUGGUCAAUGUGGUGCCAGUGACUAAAGAAGAUGACAGAGUCCAUAAGUACCAAGUACCAGCUAACGACUGCUUUGCCCAUUUGGAGGUGCAAUUUAGAUUCUUUAACCUGUCCCCUAUGGUUGAUGGAGUGUUGGGCAGGACAUACAGGCCUGAUUUUGAGAACUCAGCAAAGCCUGGUGUGGCAAUGCCAGUUCUGGGAGACGAAGAGAAAUACAAAACCCCAUCGCUUCUCUCUGCAAAAUGCGAAUCUUGCAUCUUCUCUGAAGGCGGCUCAGAACAAAAGACCUCAUCGAUAAUAGAUUUUGGCACCUUGGACUGCACCCGCGGGGCGUCUGCAGGAUAUGGAAUUGUUUGCAGGAAGUAGAUGGCAAAGAAAUCGUGGCUUACCAAAGUACAGAAUAAUAGAAGCUAGCGACUUCUAGUUAAAUAAGUAAUGGUGGCUGCCAAUAUAUUUUCGGUUAAAAAUUUAAAAGAUGCUUCCCCUGUUUUUUAUGCAUUUGGAAAUUAUGUUGAAGUCAUUGUUUUGAUAUCUAGAUGGUGUUUGUCAUUUCAUGAAAUUCCACAAUCACAUAUGUUCAUACGGAUUCUUAAUAAAUUGGGAAUAUAUAAGUUUCAAAUCC